AUGAGCGUCCUAUUGGAAUGCAUAGAUCUCCAGAAAUUUAUCGAAGCCUGUAUUCACUAUCAUAACUGCUCAAUUUACACCGAUGAGAAGAUUGUUGACGUCCAUGAUUAUCUCUUCAAUUCCAAAAAAGCAAAGUUUCCUCAACCUGUGGCAAGGUUGAAAGAGAGGGAAUGGAAGAAUAAUGAAGAGUUACGAUCUAUCUGGCUGGCCAAGCUGAAGGACUUCAAGGCCGAGCAAAAAGAGCAACUGGACAGAGGAUAUAUUAGAAUUGCGUAG